AUUCAGGGUAAGCAAAAUUUUCAAUUGUUUAAUGAAUCUAAGGAUCAAUUUUGGAUUGAGUCAAUCAGUCUUUGAAUAUGGAGAAGAAGGUUACUCUGGUCACAUAUUAGGACAAGUGUAGUAAGAUAUUCUACACUAAAAAUCUCUGGGAGAUUAACUGAUAGUGUUUGUAUUAGGUAGUUAGUAUACUACAAAACUAAUCUCCGGGAGGUUAAAAUACAACUUAUCAGAAUAGGUCAGUCAGUUACCUAGGCAAAACUGGACAUCUUAGGGAGACGUUUCUAAGAUUAAAGGCGUGCGCAGACUCCUAAGGAAAUGGGGUCGUCUGGGUCCAAGGUUGUGAGAGAGUGUCCUGAUUCUCCAUGUUGUCAAAGCAUGAAAAAGAAAUAUGGUGAUCAAUGGGUACCGUUUUUCCAUGUGUGGGUUGAAAAGUGGGGUUUCCCUAAAGAAGGGAGUUUUAGUAUAAAAAAACUAGAGAUGUUAAAGGCGAAAAUAGAUGCUGCAAGAAAUGAGGUAAGAAUGAAGAACAAAAUUAUUAAAAAAGAUUUAGAUGAGAUGCAUGGUCACAAAGAAAGCUGGAAACUGUGGAUGAAGGAAGCAGAACAUAGGGAACGACAACAGGCAGGGAAAGAAAUGCCUAAAUGUUCAGAGACAAAGUUAGGGAAAGAAUGCUUUGCUACUGACACAUGUAAACCUUCUCCCUCUGCUCCAUCUGCGUAUGCUGAGGCAAAAAGUGAAAUGAUGGCCCUCCAGCACAACCACGAUGAUGCAUCGUAUGUCUUCCCACCACCACCACGUCCCCCACCCCCGUCAUAUGGAUCGAUAUCUUCAACAAUCAAGGAACAGGAUGAGAGCUCUGCAUCUGGAGGAACCAGAUCUAAAGAGUCACACACGAACAGGAGUCAAGUACCAGCCUGAUCUAGCUGACAGUACAACUAUGGUAAUGCCACAGCCAACAAACUCAUUCCACCCAUCCUUGCUGCACCCUAACUACAAUAUGCCUAUGGUUGAGUAUCCAGGCCCAACAGGUCCCAUAAGAGUCCAAAGAGGAUGGACAGACCCGGACAUGAUGGAAGCGGGAAAACAGCUUCCCUCCCUGGAAUCUGGUGGGUACCGGUUUGGUGAGGAAUUGGUGUCUUUCUGCAAAAACUGGAGUCCCACGUCGCAUGAGUUACGACGACUACUGAAGAACAGACUCACAAGCGACCAGUUCCAGAGAAUCGCCACUGACCUGGAUGGCGACUAUCACCAGGAACAAUCAGAGUGGAGAGCAGCGGGAGAGUAUGAGAGGUGGGUUGUUGGAGUCAGCAAAGCUAUUGAACGUGCAUUCCCACAGAAAGUCUGCAUGACAACUAUCCAACAAUGCACCCAAAAAAAGGAAGAAAGCACUGAAGAUUAUUAUCACAGACUGAUAGGUGUGUUUGAACAAUAUUGUGGCAUUCCCAAACCUGAGAAUAUGGACAGGGAAAAUUACGAAACAGCGUAUGAAAGUCAUCUGAAAAAUAUGGAUCAUCUGAGUGGUUUCCGUCCUAGUGUUUACCACAGUGUCCAGAGUUCCUGCAUUGGCUGGAAGGAUCAAUGUCUGAAGGAGAUCUGUAGACAUGCCAAACAUGCCGAGGAGCGGCAAACAGAGGAAAGGGACAAGGAACUCGAAAAACGUGAGUUGACCCAGUACAAUGCUUCUCUAACCAUGAUGCAAAGUAUCGUUGACCAACAUGCAGGCCGCGGACCCAAUCGGGGACGCGGAGGACGCGGACGGGAUCUGGGAGGCAAGCGAGGGAGAGGUGGAGGAAGAGGACAAACACAAGAAAACAAUGCAACGCAUGAUCAGGAUGAAUGUUUCUACUGCAAAGAAAAAGGACACAGAGAUUGCCCCAAAAAGAAAAAAAGAAGAAAAAGGAACAUCCAAAUUUGCCUCUGACUGACUGCCUGACACAUUCGUGGUUUCAUCUAAGGAGGAAGGUAAUGCACCACACACAGCUGUUUGCAAGGAAGAAAUGCUUGGCACUGAUACACUGCUUUCCAUGCUGUUAGGGACCGUUGAUAGGUUAGAAAAGGAACAGGAUUUCAAAACCACACCUACUUACAGCCUAUUGUCAUCUGAAGCCUAUAAAAAAAUGCCUACUAUUGUUUGCAUGGUAAAAGGGACCCCAAUAACUUUUUUGGUUGAUUCUGGCGCCACAAAUUCCGUAAUCAGAUCCUCUGAGCUCAAUUCCACUGACAUUAAACUCAGUGGCAGAUAUACUUGGUCAGUUAGCGCUACAGGAAAUUCAGUUAAAGAGAAAUACUCUACUCCCAUGAUUUGUGAGUGGCAAACGGAUGAGGGAUUAGUGACGAGUAAACAUUCCUUUUUGAUUUCUGAUGUUUGUCCAAUUAAUUUGUUAGGCCGUGAUUUGAUGUGCACAUUUAACAUUGUCCUCACCUCAACACCUGAUGGAUUGAGGGUUUCAAGAUAUGCAGAUAACACAUCAGCCUUUGUACAUUUCAGCCCGACCACACCCUUGUAUGUGUAUCAGUGGUGGUUAGACCUCACUGUGUCUGUCUCCAUUUUGCAAUCUGCUGCUGAUGUGAUAAGCCCCUCCUCUGAUAAAAUGACACCUGAACAUUUGCAUUGCACUGCUCACGUCUCAGACGGACCAGACACUGACUAUGCAAAAACAUUUUUUUGCGACUUAAAUGACAGCUUACUGACUACCAACUUGUACUGGACAGAAACCGAAUGCGCAGCAGCCGUUUCUCUGACUGAGAAACAACUCAGAUUUUAUGACAUACACGAUUCACUGCCACACAUCUCCUUUUCAAAACCUGCUAGCAAACAGUGGAGAGAUUUGGGCCCAUUUGUUAAUCGAUGCGAGCGUGCCUCAGAUUGGACUCCCAUGCCAGAAAAUGGUGCAUGUUAUUCUCAAUCUCUGGGGGCAUUUAAAAGACCACUGCAAACUAAGAUACAUUGUCUACGUUCUGUGUAUCUUUUGGAAAAAGACAAUCCACAUCACCUCACUGCAUGCAGUCCCAGUGACAUUUCCCCACUUUUGGAUCAGGUUCCCCCUGAAUUAUGGGCAAACAGCAAAUAUGAUGUGGGUCUGAUAAAAAACUGUGAACCUGUUCAGAUCACUGCAAAAUCUGAUUACAGACCUGUGGUGAAACAAUAUCCUUUGAAGAAGGAAGCCAUUGAAGGCAUCCGCCCUGUUUUUCACUCCCUACUAAAAGCAGGAGUGAUUGUUCCCUGUGAGGACUCUCCAGUACAGACUCCUAUUUUUCCUGUAAAAAAAAUCAGACCUAAAGGCCAACCAGAUGAAUGGCGUUUUGUCCAAGACCUGCAAGCUGUUAAUGCUGCAGUCACUUCACCGGCUCCAAAUGUUCCAAAUCCCUACACAAUCAUCUCACAGGUUCCUGAGGGCUCUCAGUAUUUCUCUGUGGUUGAUUUGUCUAAUGCGUUCUUCUCUGUUCCAGUUCAUAAAGAUUCGCAGUUCUGGUUUGCAUUCCUGUUUGAUGGUAAACGUUACACUUUCACUAGAAUGUGUCAAGGUUUCACUUCCUCUCCGUCUCUCUACAAUGCAGCCUUGUCCAGAAGCUUAUCUACAUUGUCUCUUUCUGAAGGCUCUGCUCUCUUACAGUAUGUUGAUGACCUACUUAUCGCUUCUCCCACUAAAGAGCAGUGUGAGACGGAUACUGUUGCCCUCCUGCAACACCUGUGUCGGGAAGGACACAAAGCUAGCCUGAGUAAGCUACAGUUCGUACAGCAGGAGGUCACCUUUUUGGGUCAUGUGUUAACCCCAAACGGCAAGUCUCUCUCUCCAGAACGCAUAUCUGCUAUUGUCAACACACCUAAACCACUCACAAAGAAACAAGCUAUGUCUUUUUUGGGCAUGUGUUCAUAUUGCAGACAUUUCAUUCCUAACUUCUCUGUGCUUGAACGUCCUUUGAGAGAUGUCACACAUGCUAGAGGUCUCACAGCCUCCUCCAAAAUCACCUGGACACCAGAGGCUGAAACAUCUUUUGUCAACUUGAAGAAAGCUCUACAGUCCGCUCCAACUUUAGGGGUUCCAAACCAUGAUAAACCAUUCGUCCAGUGUGUGGACGAAAAGGAGGGUGUUUUGCUACAAAAACAUGGAUCACAGUUAAAGCCUUUUGCUUAUUUUUCAUGCACUCUUGAUCCUGUUGCUAGGGCUUUACCUCAUUGUUUGAGAGCUGUAGCAGCAGCAGAACGAGCCGUUCUGGCCUCACGUGAUUUUGUGGGUUUUUCAGAAUUAACAUUACUUGUUCCACAUGCAGUCUCAGCUCUCUUGUCAGAACAGAAGACAUCUCAUCUUUCAGCAGCAAGAUGGCUCAGGUACCAUACCACAUUUCUUGACCUGCCACAUGUCACAAUCAAAAGAUGCACUGUCUUAAAUCCAGCUACUCUUUUGCCUCUCCCAACCGAUGGAGAGCCACACAGCUGUGAAACUGAAGUUCAACAGGUAUGUACACCACGACCUGACCUUUCAGACACACCCUUGAACAACCCUGACCUAGUUUUCUAUGUGGAUGGGUCUGCUUCAAGAGACUCGGACACAGUACAAUGUCGGACUGGUUAUGCUGUUGUUGAUGAUCAUGGUGUUGUACAAUCUUCUCCUCUGCCUUCUCAUUACUCAGCACAGGCAGCAGAGCUGGUGGCCUUGGCAGAAGC